UCGAGGUCAGAGAGUUUCUCGCCUCUGGUCUCCUCCCAGUUCUCCAAGGCACUGAGGGCCAGGCAGGAAGCAUCGGUUUCCUCAAAGCCGCUUCCCUCCUGGGGCAGAGUCUCGGUCACAAACAACCACCACCGGCCCACCCUGCCCCUCCUUCCCUCUUCACUGUGAGCUCAGAGCAGCAAGACAAAGUGCUCGGGACAAGGACAUUGGGCUGAGAGUAGCCAUGGGCUCUGGAGGAGAGAGCCUCCUGGGGGGCAGGGGUUCCCUGCCUCUGCUGCUCCUGCUCAUCAUGGGAGGCAUGGCUCAGGACUCCCCGCCCCAGAUCCUAGUCCACCCCCAGGACCAGCUGUUCCAGGGCCCUGGCCCUGCCAGGAUGAGCUGCCGAGCCUCAGGCCAGCCACCUCCCACCAUCCGCUGGUUGCUGAAUGGGCAGCCCCUGAGCAUGGUGCCCCCAGACCCACACCACCUCCUGCCUGAUGGGACCCUUCUGCUGCUACAGCCCCCUGCCCGGGGACAUGCCCACGAUGGCCAGGCCCUGUCCACAGACCUGGGUGUCUACACAUGUGAGGCCAGCAACCGGCUUGGCACGGCAGUCAGCAGAGGCGCUCGGCUGUCUGUGGCUGUCCUCCGGGAGGAUUUCCAGAUCCAGCCUCGGGACAUGGUGGCUGUGGUGGGUGAGCAGUUUACUCUGGAAUGUGGGCCGCCCUGGGGCCACCCAGAGCCCACAGUCUCAUGGUGGAAAGAUGGGAAACCCCUGGUCCUCCAGCCCGGAAGGCACACAGUGUCCGGGGGGUCCCUGCUGAUGGCAAGAGCAGAGAAGAGUGAUGAAGGGACCUACAUGUGUGUGGCCACCAACAGCGCAGGACACAGGGAGAGCCGCGCAGCCCGGGUUUCCAUCCAGGAGCCCCAGGACUACACGGAGCCUGUGGAGCUUCUGGCUGUGCGAAUUCAGCUGGAAAAUGUGACACUGCUGAACCCGGAUCCUGCAAAGGGCCCCAAGCCUAGACCGGCGGUGUGGCUCAGCUGGAAGGUCAGUGGCCCUGCUGCGCCUGCCCAAUCUUACACGGCCUUGUUCAGGACCCAGACUGCCCCGGGAGGCCAGGGAGCUCCGUGGGCAGAGGAGCUGCUGGCCGGCUGGCAGAGCGCAGAGCUUGGAGGCCUCCACUGGGGCCAAGACUACGAGUUCAAAGUGAGACCAUCCUCUGGCCGGGCUCGAGGCCCUGACAGCAACGUGCUGCUCCUGAGGCUGCCGGAAAAAGUGCCCAGUGCCCCACCUCAGGAGGUGACCCUAAAACCUGGCAAUGGCAGUGUCUUUGUGAGCUGGGUCCCACCACCUGCUGAAAACCACAAUGGCAUCAUCCGUGGCUACCAGGUCUGGAGCCUGGGCAACACGUCACUGCCACCAGCCAACUGGACUGUAGUUGGUGAGCAGACCCAGCUGGAAAUCGCCACCCAUAUGCCAGGCUCCUACUGCGUGCAAGUGGCUGCAGUCACUGGUGCUGGAGCUGGGGAGCCCAGUAGACCUGUCUGCCUCCUUUUAGAGCAGGCCAUGGAGCGAGCCACCCAAGAACCCAGUGAGCAUGGUCCCUGGACCCUGGAGCAGCUGAGGGCUACCUUGAAGCGGCCUGAGGUCAUUGCCACCUGCGGUGUUGCACUCUGGCUGCUGCUUCUGGGCACCGCUGUGUGUAUCCACCGCCGGCGCCGAGCUGGGGUGCACCUGGGCCCAGGUCUGUACAGAUAUACCAGUGAGGAUGCCAUCCUAAAACACAGGAAGUCUUGGCCAAAAAGGUUCUCACUUCUCCCUGUUUCUCCUGGCCUCACCCCCUCCCUCCACUGCCCCAGGAUGGAUCACAGUGACUCCCAGUGGUUGGCAGACACUUGGCGUUCCACCUCUGGCUCUCGGGACCUCAGCAGCAGCAGCAGCCUCAGCAGUCGGCUGGGGGCGGAUGCCCGGGACCCACUAGACUGUCGUCGCUCCUUGCUCUCCUGGGACUCCCGAAGCCCCGGCGUGCCCCUGCUUCCAGACACCAGCACUUUUUAUGGCUCCCUCAUCGCUGAGCUGCCCUCCAGUACCCCAGCCAGGCCAAGUCCCCAGGUCCCAGCUGUCAGGCGCCUCCCACCCCAGCUGGCCCAGCUCUCCAGCCCCUGUUUCAGCUCAGACAGCCUCUGCAGCCGCAGGGGACUCUCUUCUCCCCGCUUGUCUCUGGCCCCUGCAGAGGCUUGGAAGGCCAAAAAGAAGCAGGAGCUGCAGCAUGCCAACAGUUCCCCACUGCUCCGGGGCAGCCACCCCUUGGAGCUCCGGGCCUGUGAGUUGGGAAAUAGAGGUUCCAAGAACCUUUCCCAAAGCCCAGGAGCUGUGCCCCAAGCUCUGGUUGCCUGGCGGGCCCUGGGACCGAAACUCCUCAGCUCCUCAAAUGAGCUGGUUACUCAUCAUCUCCCUCCAGCACCCCUCUUUCCUCAUGAAACUCCCCCAACUCAGAGUCAACAGACCCAGCCUCCGGUGGCACUACAGGCUCCCUCCUCCAUCCUGCUGCCAGCAGCCCCCAUCCCCAUCCUUAGCCCCUGCAGUCCCCCUAGCCCCCAGGCCUCUUCCCUCUCUGGCCCCAGCCCAGCUUCCAGUCGCCUGUCCAGCUCCUCACUGUCAUCCCUGGGGGAGGAUCAAGACAGCGUGCUGACCCCUGAGGAGGUAGCCCUGUGCUUGGAACUCAGUGAGGGUGAGGAGACUCCCAGGAACAGCGUCUCUCCCAUGCCAAGGGCUCCUUCACCCCCCACCACCUAUGGGUACAUCAGCGUCCCAACAGCCUCAGAGUUCACGGACAUGGGCAGGACUGGAGGAGGGGUGGGGCCCGAGGGGGGAGUCUUGCUGUGCCCACCUCGGCCCUGCCUCACCCCCACCCCCAGCGAGGGCUCCUUAGCCAAUGGUUGGGGCUCAGCCUCUGAGGACAAUGCCGCCAGCGCCAGAGCCAGCCUUGUCAGCUCCUCCGAUGGCUCCUUCCUCGCUGAUGCUCACUUUGCCCGGGCCCUGGCAGUGGCUGUGGAUAGCUUUGGUUUCGGUCUAGAGCCCAGGGAGGCAGACUGCGUCUUCAUAGAUGCCUCAUCACCUCCCUCCCCACGGGAUGAGAUCUUCCUGACCCCCAACCUCUCCCUGCCCCUGUGGGAGUGGAGGCCAGACUGGUUGGAAGACAUGGAGGUCAGCCACACCCAGCGGCUGGGAAGGGGGAUGCCUCCCUGGCCCCCUGACUCUCGGAUCUCUUCCCAGAGAAGUCAGCUCCACUGUCGUAUGCCCAAGGCUGGUGCUUCUCCUGUAGAUUACUCCUGAACCGUGUCCCUGAGACUUCCCAGACGGGAAUCAGAACCACUUCUCCUGUCCACCCACAAGACCUGGGCUGUGGUGUGUGGGUCUUGGCCUGUGUUUCUCUGCAGCUGGGGUCCACCUUCCCAAGCCUCCAGAGAGUUCUCCCUCCACGAUUGUGAAAACAAAUGAAAACAAAAUUAGAGCAAAGCUGACCUGGAGCCCUCAGGGAGCAAAACAUCAUCUCCACCUGACUCCUAGCCACUGCUUUCUCCUCUGUGCCAUCCACUCCCACCACCAGGUCGUUUUGGCCUGAGGAGCAGCCCUGCCUGCUGCUCUCCCCCCACCAUUUGGAUCACAGGAAGUGGAGGAGCCAGAGGUGCCUUUGUGGAGGACAGCAGUGGCUGCUGGGAGAGGGCUGUGGAGGAAGGAGCUUCUCGGAGCCCCCUCUCAGCCUUACCUGGGCCCCUCCUCUAGAGAAGAGCUCAACUCUCUCCCAACCUCACCAUGGAAAGAAAAUAAUUAUGAAUGCCACUGAGGCACUGAGGCCCUACCUCAUGCCAAACAAAGGGUUCAAGGCUGGGUCUAGCGAGGAUGCUGAAGGAAGGGAGGUAUGAGACCGUAGGUCAAAAGCACCAUCCUCGUACUGUUGUCACUAUGAGCUUAAGAAAUUUGAUACCAUAAAAUGGUAAAGACUUGG